GUUUUCUUUUCCCUCUAUCACUCAAUUGAUUCUGAAUAGUUUAUCUGAAUAACCAAUACUAUUCGGUUUUUAAACUGACAGAUGAAGAAUUGGCGAUUAAGUGUACAGACAGCUGUAAAUCUUAACACUCCGUUUGUUCUUGAAUUCAAUCAGUGGCUGUUAUAUACAUUGAUACCUUAGAGGUAGUAUACUACGAUUGUCAUUUGAUUUUCCAAUUUCUUCUGUCACAAUUAUGAAGUUCAGUUGUAACUGUAAAAUGCUGCACAUCUGUUUUAUUCUACUCGUUAUAACAGUUACAUCUACAGUUUCAAGUCACCGUUGUUAUGUAUGCAGUAAGUGUGAAGAACCAUUCAAACUUAAAACAAGUGAAGUACAAAAUGGUUGUUCAUUUUGCUCUACUAUUAGAACGUAUAUUCAAAACAGAUUACAAGUAACAAGUCGAAGUUGUGUUCCUGUAUGUGUUGAAGGUGAUGCCAGAAGAUCUGGUUCAGGCAUUGUCACUUCAUGCUGUCAAGAUGAUUUGUGCAAUUCCAGUGGAAAAAUACAAGUACCUGUGCAAUUAAUUACAUUUUCUAUGCUUUCCAUUCUACCAUUAUUAUCUAUUCUCUUCUAAUUAAAAUAAAAUUGAUGUUUGUUUUACAUCUCAUAAACCGGAAACAUUUAUUACUCUUCUAUCUUGCUUUUAAUCAUUUAUAGUAAUUUACGCCGCAGUUAAAUACGAAUAAUUAUGUUACAUUUAAAAUGUCAUCGCAUUUUUUUUGAUUGAAUAUAUACAUAUAUACAUAUAUUUAUAUUAUGA